CUCAAGUAUAUAUAAAAGACAAACAAUUCAUAUUAAUCGUAUUAGUUUUGUGCAUACCGUGUUUCUAAUAGGUAUUGAAAAUUGUCACGCAAAGAACAACUUAACCGACAGACCAACAUGACGUUACAAUUGACGAUAUUAGUGCUGGUCGUUUUGUCUGUGGCGGCUGCCAGCGAAACCGGUGCCGGCAACAAGGAAAAACGGCAAUCUCCCUAUGGCGUAGGUACUCUGCCCUCUACGCCAUUGCCUUCUCCCCCUUCUGUGCCCAACACCGUUCCCGCGUCCAGUAUUAACAGCAACUACAUUCCCGUUUGUGUGGCCCCAACUGCUGCACCGUACUAUCCUUCCGCCUAUAACGCGGACACAUCUUACAUAUCCCAGUAUCCUGCGUACCCUGCUUACCCGUCGCAGUAUCCCGGAUAUCAGCCACAGUACCCGAUCAACCCGUCGCCGAAUCCGGCGUACCCGUCACCGAAUCCGGCUUACCCGUCGCCGUUCCCUGCGUACCCGUCGCAGUAUCCCGUCUAUCCAGGACUGUAUCCCGCUUACCAACCACCACAGUAUCCGAGCUCCGUACCGUAUUCGUACAACUACUUUAGCGGCCAGAACAACAACGUCGGCAGUCCACUACCGAACAGCAACAUUCCGGUGUCCACCAAAAAGAAAUAAUGAGAGUGCAACCAGUUCAAUAACCGUUGGAACAUAGUAUUAUGAAAGCAUCAGUGUUUUGUGAAAUAUUUUUUAGUUUAGUUUUAUAGUUUUUAGCGGAAUAAUAAAUAAUUUAACGAUGCUA